CUUCCUCUCCUCUCCAUCCUCUUCCCUAUCCUCAUCCUCAUCCUCCCCGUCUUCCCUCCCUUCUUCUCUUCUCCCUCUUCCUCUCCCUCCCUCCGUCGGCAUCCUUCCCCUCCUUUCCUUCUCCUUCUCCCCGCCCGUCCUCCGUCCUCCGUCGUCCUCAUCCUAUUCUCCUCUUUCUCCGAUCCCUGCUCCCCGCCAUCGCCUCCAAACCUCAUAUCUCCGCUACCGAUAUAUCAUCUGUUAUACACUUCUUCAAACCAUCCAACCUCUUCCUUACCUACAUCGAACAGAGAACACGCGUUUCCGUGUUCUUUUUUUUUUUUUCAGCUUCUCUCUAUACUCCCUCUUUGGAUUCGAAAAAUCUGUUGCCCCCUUGAAACCAUGGCUACUACCGAAGCUCACGAGACCUCUGCCAUCGUGGAUGAGACCAUGGUCGACACUCUGAACAACGUCACUUUGGAGCAUGACGAGUCCGAACUUCCCCCCAAGACGGACGAAGAAUACGCCGAGUCCAUACUGACUCUCCGUGCAAUCGUGUCGUCCAAGGAAGCCGGUGUCAUCAUUGGUAGAGCCGGGAAAAAUGUCGCAGACCUGCGCGAUGAGACCGGUGUCAAGGCCGGUGUGAGCAAGUCUGUACUUGGCGUUCAUGACCGAGUCUUGACUGUCACUGGUACUUUGCAGGGUACCGCCCGAGCCUAUGCGAUUGUGGCCAAGAGCUUGCUUGAGGGCGCCCCGCAGAUGGGAAUGGGCGGCGUUGUUGCGAACAACGGAACUCAUCCGAUCCGUCUCCUCAUCUCCCACAAUCAGAUGGGUACAAUUAUCGGUCGACAGGGAUUGAAGAUCAAGCAUAUCCAGGAUGUGUCCGGCGUACGUAUGGUCGCGCAGAAGGAGAUGCUUCCCCAGUCCACCGAGCGGAUUGUGGAAGUACAGGGCACCCCCGAAGGUAUCGAAAAAGCGGUUUGGGAGAUCGGAAAAUGCCUUAUCGACGACUGGCAGCGCGGGACCGGUACUGUCCUUUACAAUCCUGCCGUCCGCGCGUCUUAUGGUUCAGGAUCUUUGAAUAACUCCGUGGGUACGGGCAGCGGCUACGGUAGCCGCCCUUUCAACCGUACAGGCAACGGUGCCGAUUUCAGCGACCAUUCUGGUGGCUACGGUAGGCGCUCCAACCCGGACACAGGGAACCGUGGCUAUCCUCUUGUCACGGAGGAGGGGGAGGAGAUCCAGACGCAAAACAUCAGUAUUCCGGCAGAUAUGGUUGGGUGCAUCAUAGGCAAAGCUGGAAGCAAGAUUACCGAGAUUCGCAGGAGCUCUGGAGCUCGCAUCUCGAUUGCCAAAGCUCCUCACGACGAGACCGGAGAACGCAUGUUCACGAUUAUGGGGAGUGCUCAAGCCAACGAGAAGGCUUUGUAUCUCUUAUAUGAGAACCUCGAGGCCGAAAAGACUCGCCGCAGUCAGCUUCAGGAAUGAUGCUUCUCGGGUCCCGAGCUACGCCAUACAACCGAAUUUCUUUUCUACGGCGGCGCCGGUCACCUUGUUGUAUGAGUUAUGGUACCUGAAGAAAAAAAAAAAAAGCGAAAGGCCUCACUGUCAGUUCAGACUCUAGCGAUUGCUAUAUGCUCUCGUGCUUGGGCGUGUGAUUCUUUUUCCGAAUAGUCCUGCUUCCUUACUUUUUGAUCUUGUGUUUGUGGCUUCUUUGAUAUACCAGAGGAGAUUCGCCGGGAUGGGCCCUAAAUGCAUGUUAGAUACCAAAAGCCAAAUCUCUGCAAAUCUCUAUCUCUACCGGAGUGGGUUGAAUUUCAACUAGCAAGACCUGAUUGAUCGCUUCUACGGAGAGCGUCAGGAGUGGUCCCUCAGCGGACUACAUGCGGAUUGCUGAUGCUAAGUUCCAUGGCCAGGUCUCGCUUUGCGUCCCUUCUUUUUCUCUACGGUGCCCGUCCAUUUCACUCCAUGGCGAUGAUUCUACUCAUCUGUCUUUCUCACAAUCUUCCCGAAAUUGAUCCUCGCUUGUUUUCCGCUCACAUAUCUUACUUACUCGGAUGAGAUCUAAUUCCUCUGAUUCCUAUUUAAUUGUCUCCUCUUCCUCUCCUUCGCUACACUAUCCAUCCUAUCAUUGUCAUUGUCACCUUUCCAUUUUCACCCGUCCAGGCUCCAUGCAUCAUUCGUAUGUGCCUAACAGAUGAAACAGGUGAAAUAAGACCGCAAUAUUUUUUUUUUAAAAAAAAAAGUGAAAAAAAGAAAUCUUAUUACAAUUCAACCCAUCACAGAAUGGUUGUACUGUAGUCUUUUCUGUUACUAUGCGGGGAUGUGGGGACAGUAUAAAAAUACACUGAAGCUGAAGUAAUAUGUAACUAGAGUUAUUAGAAGAAGCAAGUACUAAAACAAGCGGAGGAUAGUAUAACUAUACAAGAAUUGAACUGUAUUGAAUGGAGAAAAGGGAAGAAAAAGCGUACAAGAGUAACUGACGCUGCUCCUGAUGAUGAUAAUAAUGCAUAGAGAAUCGAAAAACAAACAAAUCCCUAUUCUGCCCAUAAAAAGAAACAAUGUAGUAGUGCACCUAAUUAUAAUGCGAUUGGAUCCAUUGCUAAUGCCAUUGUCAUUUGCCCAUCUUUCUUUCUUUCUUUUGUCAUUGAUUGAUAUAGAAACCAUGGAUGUUGUAAUGUGAUGCGUUUCGUGGCUCCGAGGAUGCUUUCCUU